GAGUCGGAAAACUUGUUCGGAUCCGCGUACCUGGGUUUCUGGGUGACUUGUGAAUUGUGUGCUCGUGCUUUUCAAAAUGUGACAAGUCGCCGCUUGAUGUAUUGAAGCUGUGCGCGGAAAAUGGAGCAGAGCAACCUCCAGAGACUCUUCUGCGCCUGUGACGUCAACCAGUCCGGUAAAAUCGAGUUGGACGAUUUCACGGUGGUGUGCCGGGAACUCAACGUGGCCGACUCCGAGGUGCAGACGUUGUUUGGCAACUUCGACACGGACGACGAAAGCUGCAUCGACUUCGGCAGCUUUGCGUCCAGGUUUCACGAGGUGUUCCAGGCGCAGAGCGUGACGGCCUCGCCGCCGGGGAUGGACUUCGCGGUCGGGUUCGAUGCGGAAUGUGCUCUGUCGGAAAGAGCGGAGGACAUGAACGGCAGCCGGCUGUUGGAACUCGAGGAUGACGCGCAGGAGCGACUCGCGGGCACGGAGGAAAGAGCCAGGGCUGAGGAGCGCAAAAGAAUGGAACAAGUCCUGUGCAACGUGCAGAGGAAACACGAGAACCAGAUUGCCGACCUGCGGGCUACGGUGGAGCGACUGUUACAGAGUCGAGCAGAGUCUCGCUCAGCCCCCUCCGAGGAGGAGGAACCGGAAGUCAGCAGACGCGUGGGCCAACUUUCCCAGGAGAACAAAACGCUGCGCUCGUCGCUGCUGCGGGCCCAGAGCGACGUGGGUGCGCUGCGCUCCGAGCUGGACGAGCUCAAGAAGAUGUACGCCGACCAACGGGCUCAGUACCAACGAGAAACAAACGAAUUAAAGAAGAUGGUGAUCGAGUACGAGUCUUACGCCAGUCAAGUCCAGAUUCUUCAGGACUUGAACAAGCAGUUGUCCGACACCAACGCUAGCCUGCGCUCCGAGUUGGCGUCCGAAGCCAGACGCAAGCUCCCUGCCAAGAAUGAAGCGACUGCUCGGCGGACCAAGCCCAUCAGGCAGCACAGAAAUAUUUGUGCACUUGCGGUGGGGGGCAGUUUAGAGUCCAGCGUGUCCACCCUGUCCAACGUGUCCCUGUGGGCCGACAAGUACCUGGACAGUGGCGUCUCGCUGGCCCCGGACACCACUGAGAGCUCAGCCAGCGACCUGGACCAGGACUUGGACACGGACGACGGCCGAGGCUCCACCGAGACCAUCCACCGCAGCUACUCUUGCGCCCACUCCGACCCCGAGCUGUUGGACGCCAAGUCCGAGGCGGGGCUGUCUUUGGCGCAGAGCUUCGGUUCGAUGUCGUCCAUGCGAAAGCAGCUGUCUGCCUUCGCCAAAGAGAAGGCCGACCCGGACGAGCCUGACGGCGCCUUGCCCAUGUACCAUCUGGUCUUGGCGGGAGACACCGGAGCGGGCAAGUCCAGCUUCCUGAUGCGGCUGGCGCUCAACCAGUUCAGAGCGGACAUGCAGACCACGCUGGGGGUGGAUUUCCAGAUCAAGAAGAUGCUGGUGGACGGACAGAAGACCAACCUGCAGAUAUGGGACACGGCCGGACAGGAAAGGUUCCGUAGUAUCGCUAGGUCGUACUUCCGCAAAGCCAACGGAGUUCUUCUCUUGUACGACGUGACUUCUGAGAGCAGCUUCCUCAACAUCCGCGACUGGCUGGAUCAGAUUCAGGAUGCCGCGGAGGACAAAGUCCCGGUUUGCAUUAUUGGCAACAAGGUGGACAUGAGGGAGCAGUUGCCCGCCAAACGCUGCGUCAGCACGCUGGAAGGAGAGAAGUUGGCUACGGCGUACGGCGCCUUGUUCUUCGAAACCAGCGCGAAAGAUGGAACAAACGUGGUGGAAGCGGUGCUCCAUCUGGCCAGAGAAGUGAAAAAGAACGUGAAAGCUGAGAAACCCAUGGCCAAGACGUCUCCGGUGGACCUCUUGGCCACAAACGCCAAGAAGACUUUUGGUACAUGCUGCCGCCUAUAAUAGAGGCACGUUUGGGUUCAAAUCAUCUGAAAUGUUUGGAAUGAACUAUGUAUUUAUGUAGAAUUAUUGCUCCUGAAGGUCAUUUUAUUCUCUCUCUUUUUUUUUUUUUUAAACGGGAUAUUAACCUCACUUAAAUCCAAAUGAAGUUUUCUCUAUUGCCUGCUAAAAACACUUGUACAAAUACCAAUAUAUUGUAUAUAAUCUGUGUACGUUGAUAUGCUGCAUAUUUUUAUAUUUACUGGCUUGUAAAUACUUUUACCAAUUCUAUAUUUCCCUAUUGUUUUAGGAGCCAAGUGGGAUAAUUGUUGAGCACUUUGUCAGGUUGAAUGAAACACUGUACCCUAAUGUAGACAAUAUAACAUCUUUUUAAACACGUCACUAGUCGAAGCACCGCCGCCACACUCUUUAUAAUAUAGGCGGUUCUUUUUUUUUUUCCUAUUAAAAUCUUCUGAGAAGAUAGACACGAAA